AUGCGGAAACCAAGCAGCAGCAAGGAGGACAUCGAAGUCGCCCAACAGCUGAUGACGAAGGCAGCGAUUUAUUGCCAUCCGAGACCCGCAGUGUUUCUCGAAUCUCCAGCCGAGAUAAAUCCGAUGUGCAACGGAAUGGAAGCAAGCCUGCAAUCAGCUCCAGGCGCUGACCUCGCCGUCAGGUCGUGGCUCGCAUCCACAAUAACAACUGGAACAAACUACAUCCUAGUAUUUCACAACAGGACGGUAGAUAAUAUAAAUCCCUUGAUGAGUGUCUCUGCCGUGAAACAGUUGGCGGCAGAAAUAAACAAGUCCCAUUUAUUCGACUAUCCGAGAAAUGCGACGAACGAAGAUGACGAAGUUCGUCAAGAAAAAAGGGAGGCGACGAGGAAAACGCGGCGCAUGCGGAAGCUCGAGCUCUUCCUUGUUCGCUAUAUUACGUUGAUUCACGGGACUUCCUGUCCAACAACUUUGAAGACAAUUGGAUACGAAUCCGUUUUCUACAAUGAUUUUUAUCUCAACGGGGAAGUCGAGAAGAACGAGCGUUUUAACGUCUUGUUUCCGUCAUCGUGUUCUCAUAUUGCUCUCAAAAUCAAGAUGAAGAACGUGUUUGUCGCCGUAUUCGCUCUCGUGGCCCUGUUUGCCGUUGUUUCCGCCGUUCCGUUUGCGGACCCCGAUGCUGAGGCGUACGCUGACCCGUACGCAUUCGCAGACCCCUAUGCAUACCCGGCUGCGGACCCGUACCCCCAGGACAGGGAGGGCUGCCCAAGGUGCUGCCUGCGCAAACCGCAGCUGUGCAAAAUCCGAUGCCCAGCCCGCUGUCUCGACUAAUUUAUUCUGAAUCAGCCCGAAAAAUGGUCUUUUAUUUCUCUAAUAAAGCUUGUUCAGAUCGUUUUUUUUUUAAUCUACGAAGGAAACUCUAAACUUGCUAUACUGAUGUGAGUGAAGUGCCAUCAAAUACAAAGUUUGAUUAUGAGUUGAAAUUGUGUGUCUGCGUUCAGCGUGGGUCAAUACUGUAAUAUAUAUUCCUCGAAACGUAUGCGACAUGAA